UGUGUGGGUAUUUUAGCAUUUUUCUGCAGAUGCAAGCAUCACCAAAACUACAUGAGCACAAGAUAUUUGACUGCAUGCUUUUAGGCAGUAGGAGUCAGAACAACAAUGAUGAUCUCAGUCCACUUCACGUUGCUCUUUUUUUUAGUGACACACGAUUUUGUGAGCUGUGUUAAAAUGACGAUACCCGGAGACCUGAUAGAUGUCUUGGCUGUAGCGUUGGGAGACUAUCUCACAUUAAACUGCACAUACAAUUGCUCCAGUGGAUUUGUCCGUGGCUGUUGGAGUAAAGCAUCAUACUCAGGCUGUCUUGGGAAUUACAGUAAAAGCAGUUUGUGCACAAUGUCCCUUCAUAUGUCAAAUGUGUCUACAAAAGAUGUCGAGAAGAUCUACACUUGCUACACACUAAACACAGAUGACCCGCAAGUUCGGAAAAACAUAGAACGCGUUGUUUCUCUGCAACUUCAAGUUACAGUUACAGUUACCCCAAAGACUGAAAAUGCAUCUCUUCCUGCUAAGCCAAACGACUCAAAUGGAGGAGAAUUGAUUGGAAUUAAGGUUUUAGCAACAGUUACCGUUGCUGUUGCCACGGUGCUUGCAGCCUUGGCAGUUUACUUGUGUCUGAACCGGAACAGACAGAACUGGACUGAUAAAGGGGAGCCUGUUGUGUCCAGGUCAGGUUCACCACUGCCUCCUCCCGCAGUCCCUUCACCAGUAAAAGGGUCACUGUCAACACAAAGUGAAAGAGUGACUUUGAGGAUUCCUACACCAGAUAAUGAGAGCGACACUGAGGUUCCAUAUGCUGACAUAAUGAUCACUGUCCGAGGUGUCAGUACGCCAGAGCUCACUCAGGUCAGCUACUUGACUCCUGGAGAUCAAAAAGAGUGGAGGGGUGAUGAAUCAAGGUCUCACCUGCAGGCCUCACGUUCAGCUGACAGACUGCAUGUCCCCCAGCCCAGAGAGGUCAGCCGUAAGAUGAGCACCAACUCUGAGUAUGCAGUCAUCACAUAUGCCUGAGGUCGCAACUGAUGGAAGAAUAAACACACGUCUUGUUUUUGAUGUACACGCUAAUAUGCAUUAUCUUUUGUUUUUUUAAGUAAUCCUACUUUAUAUGUACUUAUUAUAUUGUUUUUUUUUUACAUGUUCUGUUUAUAACUUGCAUUUAUAUCCAAUAAAGCCAUUCAAUUCAAUUUCA